AUGAAUUAACCACAGACUCGCUAAGUAUAGAAAUUAACAAUUGAUGAUAAAUAAAAAUUUGAAUUAUAAAAGGAAAUAUUCAUUACAAUCAGAUUAAUUGAUAUGGUAGAAAAGUGUGCAUAAUUAGCUGAUGAUAAAAUAACACCAGAAAAACAUUCUUAAGAAAUCACAAAGUUGAUUGAAAGGUACAAAAAUUUUACAUCAAAAAUCGAUAAAUACGAUCUCAACUAAUUCAUAAAGGAAUACGGACUCGAAGAUUGCAAAUUUGGAAUUGAUAGAAUAAACAAAGGACCACCUUAAAUUAAAUAAGGAAACAGAAUUUAAUUAGUUGUUGAUCUAAUGCAAAGAUUCUAUUUGAUGCAAGAUAUCAUCUUAGAAAAUAAGGACAAUCCAAAAACAUAAGUCUUCAAGCCAAUUGUAGAUUAGUUGAUAAUGCUUUUAAUUAGAGCCAAAACUGAACUUCCUCCUUACAAAUCAUACUUGGAAGAUUUGCAAUAAUUGUAAUAUCAAUUCCUUAUUGUGUUUAGCUCAAAACAACAUCUUGAAAAUUAGAUUAUUGGUGUGAUACCUGAAGAGGAAUUUUAAAAGUUUGAAAGUAUAAUAGAUUUGGCUUAGCAAAGUUUUAUGACUUCCCAUUCACAACAAUGA